AUAGCUAAUAUAGGGGAGUACCCCCCCCCCCCCGGGAUCAAAAUCUGUUGGACGUUUUCACGACCGCUCCCUACUGUCUAUCCCUCUAGUUAGAUAUUUAAAAUCAAUUCAUACCUAUGAUAAAACUGAAACAAUAUAACCUCAGGUAUGGCUGUUUAUAUGUGUGCUCUGAAUUAGAUCAGGCCAGAGGUUGUUUCAGGGCUCGAUUUGUACUUUCAGUGAUUUGUUCUUUGAGUUCGUCAUACCCUGACUUAGAUCAGCCAAGAGGUUGUUUCAGUAUUUGAUCUGCAAGUUAGCAGUGCCCUUACUUAGAUUAGCCCAGAGGUUGUUUCAGUAUCUGAACUGUGAAUUUGCUGUUCCUUGACUUGAAUCAGCCCAUAUAUCGCCUUUUUCAGGCCGGUUGGAUCUGGAAGUUAGCCGUGCCCUGACUUACUUUAGCCGAGAGGUUGUUUCAGCCGAUUCGAUCUGCGAGUUAUAGCUGUGCCCUGACUGUGAUCAGCCCAAAGCGGUUGUUUUAGAGCUACAUCUAUAAGUAAGUCGUAAAAUUUUUUAAAACCUUUCCAUUCUUCAGAUUCAAUUUUAUCGCUUUUAAGAUAGGCUCCGAGUUCCAAUUUGUGACGAAUGGCAUUAAUUUUUUCAAAAAAAAAAAAAAAAUUUGUAGUGAACACACUUCUGCAAACUGAGGCUACUGUUAGCUGCAGAAAUAAAGAUAUCAGCUCUAAAAACCCCAUAACCUUCUCUUACUUUGCACUGGUUCAAAAUAUUAGCAGUAGAGUGUUCGCACUAAAUUCGUUUAGCACUAAAUGGUGAUAGCUAAACAAUAGAAAACAAAGGAUUCUGUAUGAGAUAGUACUAAUUAGUACUAAUUAUUGUGCACGGGUUUAGUGCGUGCACUCUAGCGUUCAGUGACUACGAAUAAUAGUUCCAAGCCCAGACUGCAGUUGCCGCGCAUGAUAAAAAGUAUAAUUUUGCUAUGCGCUGCAACUCCAACCUCGACUUGGGACUAUUAUUCGUGGUCACUGAAAUGAAUUGUAAAAAGAAGUAUUACCUAAUUUCUGACAUGCACUGGUUUUGAAAAAUCGAUAUCAAACUGUAAAAUUUGUGAUGCCAUCCCUUAAGUACUUUAUUAGAGUUCUUAACAAUCACAAUAGUUGACUUACUUUAAGUUUGUAACUACUCGCUUGCUAUUGGUCACUUAUAGAGCCAACGAAGUAUUACGUAAUAGACUUAAGCCUAGUCAAAUCGUCCCUCAAAAUAUUUACACUAUAGUAAAUAGAUGACUUGUGACCUUACGAGUGUUCGUCAAAAUCCUGAUAGACAUUGAUUAUUGUGGAUCGUACGACUUGGAAGCAGGUAUUCCAGUCAAUGUAAAGAAGAUUUACUGUACAUUGUACAAUUUCAAAAGAUCCCAAACACGUGAUUAUCUGUCCAACCAGCAGCCAUGGGAAGCUUGUGGUUCUGUCGAUUUAAACAGUUCUCUUACGUUGAGCCAAUCCUGUUCGUCUACUCGCACUGGCUGUUUUUGAUCUUCCCACUCAUGAACCAGUACCUUUAUUAUCGCAUUAGCGAGGAGGUUGGCUUUCCUUAUCUUAAUUUGACAUCUGAUGGAGGUGGUUGUAGCCAAGAACACUUUGAAGGCAAUUCGACUUUGAAAGAACUGGAAAUAGAGGUCCAAACGAGAUCUGCCAAUCUUUUUACCUACUACAUCCUUUUCUGUACUCUUCCAUGCAUCAUCGUAUCUCCGUUCAUGGGAUCGUACUCUGACAAAAAAGGACGCAAGGUAGCCAUGAUCGCAUCACUGACAGGCGCGUUCCUUGAGACGACACUUCUAUUAGUCUUGAUACACAUGAAGCUGAAUGUCUACGUGACAAUUGCUGGCGGAAUCAUUAAUGGAUUUUCUGGUUACUUUGCUACAUUGUGGUUGGGCCUCAUGUCGUAUCUGGGUGAUACAGUAGAAAAAGAUAAAUUAUCCAUACGCAUGGCUAUAUUACAAUUCUUUCUGUUCAUUGCCGGGACUGUGAGCCAGUUGACUAGUGGCCUCUGGAUCGAAUACCUUGGCUUCAAACCUCCGAUGUGGUUUCUUUGGGGAAGCUUACUGUUGAUCAUUCUCUACACAAUUGUCUUUGUCAAGGAAACCAUACAACCAAAGAAAGAUGUGAAGGUAGCUUUCUUUAGCAUGGAGAGCCUUAGGCGAACCUGUAGCGUGUUUACCAAACGAAGACCAGGUGGAAGAAAGAAUGUCAUUCUACUAAUAGUUUUUAUCGCCAUAAAUAUCCUGGCAACGGUUGGCACAAGCGCAGUGCAGUUGCUGUACCUUCUUCGUAGUCCACUAUGUUGGAUACCAAGUAUUCUUGGAUACUUUUUGGCCUAUCGGUUCUUGACCCUUGGUCUUGGAAGUAUCGCAGGAAUAGUCAUUCUAAAGAAGUGCUUCAGUGAGAUGAAUAUAACAAGGGUUGGUUUUGUAACUCAAAUUGCUGGUUUGUUGCUGUUGGCUUUUUCGGAUAAGACUUGGAUGGUGUUUUUAGUUCCUGUGGUUGGCAUUUUGGGAUCAGUAAUAGAACCUGUCUUUUCAAGCAUUUUAUCCAGGCUUGUGACUUCAGAAGAACAAGGCGUUAUGUUUGCUAUCGUUGGGAUUAUUUCAGCUAUUGGUGAGGUUGUUGGUACCGCAGCCUUCAACUCAAUCUAUCCACUGUCUCUUCGAUUCAACUUUCCUGGCUUUGUAUUUGUCUUUGCUGCUGGCAUAUCCUUUUGCCAAAUAUUCGCAACACGAUGUGUUGAUGUUCCACCGGAAAUUCUCAAUCUUGAAGAAGAGAUUAUUGAAGAAAACUCAUUAACAGAAAAUAAACCAGCCAGCGAAAAACCUACAAAGUAUCCAUACGAAAAAGAUUGUACUACCACUUUGUGAUCUGAUAUCGCAAUUCAUCACUUUCCAUACAGUAGAGACCUUUAGAUGCGACGACGAGUACGAGUACGAGAACGGGUACGAGUGUUUAACUUUUAAAGAGAGGCACUAUCUUUUUGUAGUCGUGGUCGUGUACGUAGAUUGAAACUUUACAUUGUAAAAAAUCGGGAAUCGACUACGAUUCAGUGUUAACCACGAGCACAAGACCAAUUUUAAAACUCGUACUCGUACUGGAUCUCGUACUCGUCGUCGGAUCUAAAGGUCGCUAAUAUUGGUUCACUGGUCAAGCACAAAGCGCUCAAGCGACGCACCAAGGUACUUCCAAAGGAUUAUUCAAAUUUGAACCUUGCAACCUCUACUGAAUGCUUUGUGUUUGACAAGUGAACCGAUGUAUGGAAAAUGGUGAAUAGCAAGAGCAGUUAAUUACGGUCAUUUUUCCGGUAUAUUUCGCCGGGGUUUUGCCGCUGUCCUUACUGUCGUUCUACUUUAACCGUGAACACUCGAGUUUGUCAACCCAUCAGAUUACUAAUCGAAAACAACAAGAACUUGUGUUACAUCAGUGUAUUUGGAAGUCUUUAAAAGCGAUUCAAGGAGAUGAAAUGAUGAAAGAGAAAGAAAAAGUAUACACUUAUUUCAAUAAAGUUUGUCACCUGAAAAGCUAUAAAGCUGAGGCCAACAAGGAUUAUGGGUAGA